AUGCAAAGAAACAGCAAUGGCAAAAAGAGAGAGUUGACUUUAUCUGCAUUCCUAGAAAGACACCUUCAUUUGAACGAUAAAAUAAUAAAAUUUAAUGGAUUUGAAUUAUACAAAAACAAUCAGAGAUCGUAAGACUUCUUCAAGAAUUACAUCGAGAAAAGAGAUAACGAAUUACUUCCCUUUUAAAUUAAGAGAUAUACUGAUGAAAAAUAGACUUACAUAAUGAAUUAGAAUUCUCAAGACUUUAUUGUUGUUGAAUAUAUUGAAGAGGGUAUUUUUUUAAACGAAAUUGCUUAAAACAAAAUAAGUUUCCAGACAUUUCAAACCAUAUUUCAGAAUUUGGUUCUCUCCGUUUUCGAACUCCAUAAAAGAGGCAUUUUAGCAAGAUGUAUAUCAUCCAAUAACAUUUACUAUGAACGAUUGGAAGAUAAAAUAUAUUUGUUCGAAUUUGGAUUCAGCCCAAAUUGUCGCUGUAAUUAAUUAUACUAACCAAAUUAUGAUAUUACAUUGAUAAUUGAGAUUAUGAAGGAUCUCUAUAACAAAGGGAAGGAUAUAGGUACAGAAUUCCUUGAGUUCAAAAAUAAAAUCUAUAAUUUAGAGAUGUUGCUAAAUCAAAUGAACAUAAUUGAGAGUUAUUUUAAAUUAUAUCAACUUAUUAAAGGUAGUCCUUCGUAAGAAGAACUAUAAAAGGUAUACACAAAGGAAUGGGUAUCAGAUAUGAGAAAAAAAAUCUAAUUGUUUGACUUUCCUGAUCCAAUUCCCAUAUAAAUCAAUGACUCUGAAUAAACAGAUGGAGAAUAGAGAACUUAUCUAGAAUUAUAGGAACUUGCGAUUAAACUUUUUAAAAAGUAGUAUCCUAAUGAGCACACUCAAUUAGGAUAUAUGUAUGUAUUUUUGUAUAUAUUAUAUGAACAAACUAACUUUAAAGUUUAUCAAAAUUAAGUUUAAAAGUAUGAGGAAAAAAUAAAAAAAAUAAACGAAGAAAGAAGUAGUAUAGAAAAAAGUUAUGAUGAUAUUUCUGACACAGAUCGUAGUAUUAUUUUUCCUAGUUAAAUUGAUAAGGAUCCUAUACGCUAAAAAGAAAUAAAAAUGUAAUGCAAAGCAAUCACUUAUUAAACAUAUAAAAAGUUAUUUGAAGACAAAAUGCAAAAAUUUGUGACACAACAAAGUAUAAAAGAGUUCACUCUUGAAGAAGCAAGAAUUUGCCUAUUGCUGAUUGCGAGCCUAAAUACGUUUAGAUCAAUGGAUAUAGAAGCAAUAUAUAAAUCUAAUGGAAUAUAAGAUAAAGUCAAUAAGAUUAAUGAAAUUAUAAAACAAUGUGUUAAAUGA